AGAAUGCUUUCACUUUCAACGGUCUUCUGCAAAGCAGAACGAGCGCAUUUCUUCAACUCGUCUAACAGAAUAGCGGAAUACUUCACCGAGGGACGUCCGUUGUUAGUUAGAUGGAAAAUGGAGAUUUUAAUUGGCCUACUUAUUUCAUCAUUGUCUCUGUAUUGUGACUUCACCGAUGCUGAGUGCCCGGUGAUCAGUCCUGCCAGGCUGGUGGUGAAGUAUGGAGACCCAGCCUCCUCUAACUGCAGCUCAGAUACCCCUGUAGAGAUGGGCUGGGAAUCCACCCAGGGAGGGGUUGGUCUAACAGACAAGGAGGUGAAGAUCCUAAACUGGAGGGUGGACAGUUUGACUGACUGGGAGAACAACCCUAAGUGCUUCACAGACGGAGGCCAGUGUCUGAAACAGCUGGACAUCACAGUUUAUAAGCUUCCAGACAGUGUCUCCAUCAGCUACAGGAAGUACCCUGAUCCGAUGGUUGAGGGGCAUCAGUACCUGCUACAGUGUCUUGUCCAGAACAUUGCUCCUAUUGGGAGACUCAGGGUGACCUUCUUCAAAGUCAGUGCCACUGGUGAACAGACAGAAUUAGACACACAACAUAAAUCCAAGGACAACAUCAAGACACCAGAGAAUGGGACCUACACCCUGCACUUCACCCCUGGUAGAGAUGAUGCCAGGGCCCAGUUGUUGUGUUCAGCCAUGUUGGAUCUGGGACCAGAGGGACCCCAACCUCCUCCUGUAAUGGACUCAAACCGCCUCAACAUCAACGUGCACUACAAGCCUCAGAUCACUAGUCCUGGAUGUUUCUCCAUGACCAUCACGGAGGGCAACACCCUAUCACUUAACUGUAGUGCAAAUGGUAACCCUGCCCCCUCCUACAAUUGGUUGCUCCCCCAAGCCGACCCCAACACCAUGGAAGAGAGAUCCGUAGUGACCAUCACCAACAUGGCCAAGUCUCACUCUGGAGAGUACACCUGCAUCGCCAUCAACCCCCUGGGAAACAGCACCUGUACUGUUAACGUGGAGGUCACAGAUGCUGAGUGCCUGGUGGUCAGUCCUGCCAGGCUGGUGGUGAAGCAUGGAGACCCAGCCUCCUCUAACUGCAGCUCAGAUACCCCUGUAGAGAUGGGCUGGGAAUCCACCCAGGGAGGGGUUGGUCUAACAGACAACAAGGAGGUGAAGAUCCUAAACUGGAGGGUGGACAGUUUGACUGACUGGAAGAUCAAACCUUCAUGCUUCACAGACGGAGGCCAGUGUGAGAAACAGCUGGACAUCACAGUUUAUAAGCUUCCAGACAGUGUCUCCAUCAGCUACAGGAAGUACCCUGAUCCGAUGGUUGAGGGGCAUCAGUACCUGCUACAGUGUCUUGUCCAGAACAUUGCUCCUAUUGGGAGACUCAGGGUGACCUUCUACAAAGUCAAUACCACUGGUGAACAGACAGAAUUAGACACACAACAGAAAGCCAAGGACAACAUCAAGACACCAGAGAAUGGGACCUACACCCUGCACUUCACCCCUGGUAGAGAUGAUGACGGGGCCCAGUUGUUGUGUUCAGCCAUGUUGGAUCUGGGACCAGAGGGACCCCAACCUCCUCCUGUAAUGGACUCAAACCGCCUCAACAUCAACGUGCACUACAAGCCUCAGAUCACUAUGAGUCCUGGAUGUUUCUCCAUGAGCAUCACGGAGGGCGACACCCUAUCACUUAACUGUAGUGCAAAUGGUAACCCUGCCCCCUCCUACAAUUGGUUGCUCCCCCAAGCCGACCCCAACACCAUGGAAGAGAGAUCCGUAGUGACCAUCACCAACAUUGCCAAGUCUCACUCUGGAGAUUACACCUGCUUCGCCAUCAACCCCCUGGGAAACAGCACCUGUACUGUUAACGUGGAGGUCACAGAUGCUGAGUGCCUGGUGGUCAGUCCUGCCAGGCUGGUGGUGAAGUAUGGAGACCCAGCCUCCUCUAACUGCAGCUCAGAUAUCCCUGUAGAGAUGGGCUGGGAAGCCUUCCAGGGAGGGACGGGUCUAACAGACAAGGAGGUGAAGUUCCUACACUGGAGGGUGGACAGUUUGACUGACUGGAAGAUCAAACCUUCAUGCUUCACAGAAGGAGGCCAGUGUCAGAAACAGCUGGACAUCACAGUUUAUAAGCUUCCAGACAGUGUCUCCAUCAGCUACAGGAAGUACCCUGAUCCGAUGGUUGAGGGGCAUCAGUACCUGCUACAGUGUCUUGUCCAGAACAUCGCUCCUAUUGGGAGACUCAGGGUGACCUUCUACAAAGUCAGUGCCACUGGUGAACAGACAGAAUUAGACACACGACAGAAAGCCAAGGACAACAUCAAGACACCAGAGAAUGGGACCUACAUCCUGCACUUCACCCCUGGUAGAGAUGAUGACGGGGCCCAGUUGUUGUGUUCAGCCAUGUUGGAUCUUGGACCAGAGGGACCCCAACCUCCUGCUGUAGUGGAAUCAAACCGCCUCAACACCAACGUGCACUACAAGCCUCAGAUCACUAUGAGUCCUGGAUGUUUCUCCAUGACCAUCACGGAGGGCAACACCCUAUCACUUAACUGUAGUGCAAAUGGUAACCCUGCCCCCUCGUACAAUUGGUUGCUCCCCCAAGCCACCAUGGAAGAGAGAUCUGUAGUGACCAUCACCAACAUUGCCAAGUCUCACUCUGGAGAUUACACCUGCAUCGCCAUCAACCCCCUGGGAAACAGCACCUGUACUGUUAACGUGGAGGUCACAGAUGCUGAGUGCCUGGUGGUCAGUCCUGCCAGGCUGGUGGUGAAGCAUGGAGACCCAGCCUCCUCUAACUGCAGCUCAGAUAUCCCUGUAGAGAUGGGCUGGGAAGCCUUCCAGGGAGGGGUUGGUCUAACAGACAAGGAGGUGAAGAUCCUAAACUGGAGGGUGGACAGUUUGACUGACUGGAAGAUCAAACCUUCAUGCUUCACAGACGGAGGCCAGUGUGAGAAACAGCUGGACAUCACAGUUUAUAAGCUUCCAGACAGUGUCUCCAUCAGCUACAGGAAGUACCCUGAUCCGAUGGUUGAGGGGCAUCAGUACCUGCUACAGUGUCUUGUCCAGAACAUCGCUCCUAUUGGGAGACUCAGGGUGACCUUCUACAAAGUCAGUGCCACUGGUGAACAGACAGAAUUAGACACACGACAGAAAGCCAAGGACAACAUCAAGACACCAGAGAAUGGGACCUACACCCUGGACUUCACCCCUGGUAGAGAUGAUGCCGGGGCCCAGUUGUUGUGUUCAGCCAUGUUGGAUCUGGGACCAGAGGGACCCCAACCUCCUCCUGUAAUGGAAUCAAACCGCCUCAACAUCAACGUGCACUACAAGCCUCAGAUCACUAGGAGUCCUGGAUGUUUCUCCAUGAGAAUCACAGAGGGCGACACCUUAUCACUGGCCUGUAGUGCAAAUGGUAACCCUGCCCCCUCGUUGGAUGAUUGUGGACUACCUGCCCAUCAUUGCAGGGCUGGCUUCGGUGGUGAUCCUCUUGGUGAUCUCCUGUUUCAUCUACUCUUCUUACUAUAAACACACGCGCAUGAGCCAUUAACAGAUGAAAAUCAUGUUGCCACGACGACACAAGAACAAACACGUGGUGCAACACAACGGUAUGGACCAGUCCGUUAUGUAGAGGAGGGGUUGGGGUCAGAGCAUAUGAGCAGAGGUGAAUGGUUGGAAAUCCUGAUGAGUGGGUGUGGCUCUCCACGUCCUUUCCUACCGCUCCCUCACAGAAUGGAAGCAAGUGCCCGUAGCAAUGUUCCAACAUCUAGUGGAAAGCCUUCCCAGAAGACUGAAGGCUGUUAUAGCAGCAAUGUGGGCACCAACUCCAUAUUAAUGCCCAUGAUUUUAGAAUGAGAUGUUCGUGUCCAUAUACUUUUGGUUCUGUAGUGUAUCUGGUUACACUUGCAUACUAUACUAUAAAAUACUAUACUUUUCAAUUGCAGAUCAUGUUAAUUUCAGUAUUUAUUAACUUGCAUUGUCUAAUUCACUCAGUGAUCAUAAAGUACCAAAUAACAGGAUAUGUGUGCAAAGAAAGCACUAUUAUAUCUGUAUGCACAUGUGUGUGUAGAUUAAUGCAUUUAUUUUGUAUAUAUUUCCCAAUAAAGAACCAUUUGGAAGAA